AUGAAUUUUUCAAAUGUACCGAAAGAACUCUCCCAUCUGAACGUGUUCUUAAGAUGUGCUUCGGAUCACUCGGCGAAAGACCCCAUUAUCACAUACUACUGUCUCCUGCAUGCAUUUCAAAAAGGUUUAAGUAUGAUUCAAAAAUCACCCCCUAUCAAGGCAUUUUUGACAACUCUCAUGGAUAAGUUAGAAGAAUUAAAAAGGAGUAAUUCAAACUGUGAAGAAAUUGCGAAUGAAACUGUUGGGAUUCCUUAUGUUGAACAGUAUGCCCUCAAGUUGUUUGAUGCUGCUUACCAGAGGGAUAUAAACUCCGACUUCGGACCUGCUACUGUAAAAUUAUUUCUUUCAGCUGCUACACUCUUAGACGUUGUUUCUGGAGCUGGAGAAGUAGGUGAUGAUGUCGAAAAGACCAGGAAGUAUGCCAAAUGGAAGGCCGUUUACAUCAGCAAAUGCUUGAAAUCUGGCGAAGUUCCAGUAGGUGGUCCUAUUGCUAACACCGAAGCUGCCUACACCCCAAAUAUUUCUAGACUAACAAAUACAAACAAUCUCUGCAACAAUGAAACAAAUCAACCUCAUGAAGUCCCCACCACUUGCAUACCUAAACAACCACCUAGUCCUGAUCCAUCUGCAUCUGAUAAUAAUAUUACUACAAGAAAUUGGUUGAAUGUAGAAAAAAAUAUCAAAUGUGCAUUGAGUGCAUCAAAUUAUCAGGAUAGAGAAACAACCGUGAAAUACUUGAAGCAAGCGUUAACAUCACUUGGAGUUGAUAUCUAA